AUGUCGCCGGCUGAGUCGUCCAGGGACGAAAAUGUCUACAUGGCUAAGCUUGCUGAGCAGGCCGAGCGGUACGAGGAGAUGGUCGAAUUCAUGGAGAAAGUUGUCAAGGCAGUGGAUGCAGAGGAGAUGACCGUGGAGGAGCGCAACCUCCUCUCUGUAGCCUACAAGAACGUCAUCGGUGCUCGUCGUGCUUCGUGGCGUAUCAUCUCCUCCAUCGAGCAGAAGGAAGAGAGCCGAGGCAAUGAGGAUCACGUCGCCACGAUCAAGGAGUACAGGGGGAAUAUCGAGACUGAACUUAGCAAGAUCUGCGACGGGAUCCUGAAACUGCUCGAGUCCCACCUCAUCCCCUCUGCCGGCGCCGCAGAGUCUAAGGUCUUCUAUCUCAAGAUGAAGGGAGACUAUCACAGGUUGGAAUAUGGCCAAUCCAGUAGAAGGCCCUCAUGGUGGCGGUUUCAGAUUCCGCCCGCUGAAGCUGUUCUAAUCUUUCCAGGUACCUCGCUGAAUUCAAGACUGGCGCUGAUAGGAAGGAGGCCGCUGAGAACACUCUUCUGGCGUACAAAUCUGCCCAGGUGGACCCUUUUGCACGAAUUUGUUUAUUUGCUACUCCCAGACUUUCUGAUUCUGUAUCGGUGGGUAUGUUGCCCUCUCUAACGUUCUUUUUAAAUGAUUGAAGGACAUCGCGUUAGCUGACCUUGCGCCUACGCAUCCCAUCAGACUUGGGCUUGCACUGAACUUCUCUGUUUUCUAUUAUGAGAUUCUGAACUCGUCUGAUCGUGCCUGUAGUCUUGCAAAGCAAGUAAGUGUUGUCAUUUCUCUUCUCCAAACAAAUAAGUCGCGUAAUUAUGAAAGAAUUACAAUAUUUUCUUGUUGAUUAUAAGUUUCUGUCAUGAUGUUUCAUUGCCAUGCUAGAUUCGUGCUUAUGUCUACUACCUCGUGAUUCUAGCAGUUGGGCCAUCCCUUGAUUUUAUGGUCUUUUUUUGCCAUUAGACCCAUUUUUUUGUAUCUUCUGUAUCUCAAAUUUUAUUCUUCUUUGCCCAUUGGAUAUAUUUUCCUGGUAAAUGUACCGAAAAUAGACAUAUUUUCAUAGAUUCCAUUUUUUUGGUAUGAAAGAAAAUAAAUUUCGUUUUAUUAACAACUUUGAGUAAAAUUUGUAUGAAAUGAGCUGUUUGCAGUCAUAUUUGUACCAGAUAGGGGAUUCUUCUCUACCAACCUAUUUCUCAAAUCUUAUGCCACUUGUUCUCUUAAGGAUACUACUACUAUUUGGACGACUGGUCCAUAUAACGUCCCAAAAUGCGUUUUCAAGAUUCCAAGAAGCCAGAGGAACAUUAUUGGGCCCAAUUUUUUUUAUUCAUGUUUGUUUGUUGUUGAAUCGUUGGAAAGCUUUUCUCUUAGUUUCUUACUUGUUACAAUUUUCAGGGUCAAUUUUUUCAUCUAAUAUGAGCUAUCACCAUUUGGUGCGAUCUUCAUCUAAUCAAUAAACUUAUGCGAUAAAAUCAAUUAUGUUCAUGACUGACAUCAAACAAGUGUUGCAUCGUCCUGUGGUACUGAAUACUUUGUUCUCUGCUGGUGCAACGUGAUAAAUAUUGCUACGGUUUCUUUUGACGUUUCCGGUUGUAAAAUUAGUUUAUUUUCUGGUCACCCUUUCUGGGUAGGCUUUUAGCGGAAAUGUUGAGCAUUUUUGUUUACAUUUGUCAUCAUUACAGUCUAUAUGGCGUUGUCGGGCUGUUUCUAUGUGUAAUGACAGCAAUUACGUUUUACUAGGUAAAUGCUCAGUUUAGCCUAGUAUAGCUAAAUUAUUUGUUACGAUGAGUAUCCAGUUUGUGAAGGAUACUUCUCAGGCAUUUGGAAAACAAUAUGAUUGAAAUGAUUGUCAAGUGAAAAUGCUGUGAUUUCCCAUCAUCUCCUCUCUUAGUUUCUCCCAUUUGCUCCAUUAAGAAUAACUUCUCGGGGAAGACUCUUAUUUUUUAAGGUUUUCAUCAGGCCUGCCUAUUUAGUUAUUUUUUAUGCUCUUUUGAACAUCGCAUGCUUUGUUUUUUUUGCGACGAUGAACUUUUGAUUUGACAUUUUUCACCCCCAUGCUUUGUUAUAAUAACUAAACCCCCCAAAACGUCAUGCCAUUGUGUUUUUCAGUGGUUUUUAUAGUGAGGAAUUCAACUGUUGAGUUUUUAAUAGUGAGGCAUUGAAAGCAUAUAAGAUUGCUAAUUUCCGAAGUGAUCCCUGCCAGUUGACUUCAGGGGGUGGGAACAUUGAAAAGAAAAUAGAAAAAAAAAAGGAAAAAAAAAACUCUCAAGAAACGCUUGUGUGUUUCCAAGAUUUCCCUCCUAUUGGGACUUGACACUUGGCCCUUCGUCAUUUGUUUAGAAUAGCUGUAAUCAGUAGAGCUUGGUUCUAGACGAAAAUAAACCUACCAUGGAGAUUUGUGCUUGAUGGGUUGAACUCCUUGGCCUGGCCUUGAAGCAAACCUCAAUGGAGGUCAACCCAAUGAAUGGACCCCAAAGGAAAUGGUGUCUGCUGGCUGUGAUCCCCUUGUAUUAAGAGUCUCAUUCUAUGUGAUUUCUGAUAGUUCAGUCAACAUAGUUCCUUUCUCCUCCCCGAGAUUUACCUCAGCUGCUGUCUGUGCAGGCCUUUGACGAGGCUAUCUCAGAGCUCGACACUCUGGGGGAGGAGUCUUAUAAGGAUAGCACAUUGAUCAUGCAGCUCCUCAGGGACAACCUAACCCUCUGGAGUUCCGACAUAACGGUUGGUUUUCCUCCGGCUCAUCCACAUCCGUUGACUCUUAUGCCACGUGGCCAUGGUGGGUUGACGAUUCCUAAGUUGCUUCCAGGACGACGUGGGGGACGAGAUCAAAGAGGCACCGAAGCGCGAGCCCGGGGAUGGCGGCCAGUGA